AACCUGGCCAGGCCAGGACUGGAGGCUGCUCUUCAAAGAAACCCUUUGAAGCGCAAACAUUUCCUUUCCUGAAAAGAAGGGAAAUUGAAAUGAAAACGUAUUGUUCUGUGCAGACAAUGUUCUCUCGGAUCAAAGAGGGAGUGGGGCUUAUAAAGGGAGAUUCACAAAUGAGGCCUUAACGUGGCCCACGGGGAGGGUGUGACUGCGCUCCUGUCCACGGCCCGGGGUCUGUGAUCCACGGAGCCUGAAGCCUCAUCUCAUCCCUCCUGAGACGUCUGAGCUCCAGUCCAGGACCCAAGGCUCCCCGGGUGCCGGGGUGACCAGUCUUCCCGCCACAGUCCAGGUUCGAGCUGCAGAAUGGGGUGCACAGUGCUGGUCAGCAUCGGGCAGCAGAUGCUGCGGCGGAAGGUGGUGGACUGCAGCCGGGAGGAGAGCCGGCUGUCCCGCUGCUUGAACACUUUCGACCUGGUGGCGCUGGGGGUGGGCAGCACGCUGGGGGCCGGCGUCUACGUCCUGGCGGGAGCCGUGGCCCGGGAGGACGCGGGCCCCGCCAUCGUCAUCUCCUUCCUGAUCGCCGCGCUGGCCUCGGUGCUGGCCGGCCUCUGCUACGGUGAGUUCGGCGCCCGGGUCCCCAAGACGGGCUCAGCCUACCUCUACAGCUACGUCACCGUGGGCGAGCUGUGGGCCUUCGUCACCGGCUGGAACCUCAUCCUCUCCUACAUCAUCGGUACCUCCAGCGUUGCCAGAGCCUGGAGCGCCACGUUUGACGAGCUGAUCGGCAAGCCCAUCGGGGAGUUCUCGCGGACGCACAUGGCCCUGCACGCCCCCGGGGUGCUGGCCGAGAACCCAGAUAUAUUUGCUGUGAUUAUAAUUCUCAUCCUAACAGGGCUUUUAACUCUGGGUGUGAAAGAGUCAGCCAUGGUCAAUAAAAUAUUCACAUGUGUCAACGUUCUGGUCCUGGGCUUCAUCAUGGUGUCGGGGUUUGUGAAAGGAUCCGUUAAAAACUGGCAGCUCACGGAGGAGGAUUUCCAGAACGCGUCCAGUCAUCUCUGCUUGAACAAUGACACGAAGGUGGGGAAUCCAGGUGUCGGUGGAUUCAUGCCCUUCGGGUUCUCUGGUGUCCUGUCAGGGGCGGCCACCUGCUUCUACGCCUUCGUGGGCUUCGACUGCAUCGCGACCACAGGGGAGGAGGUCAAGAACCCCCAGAAGGCCAUCCCUGUGGGCAUCGUGGCGUCCCUGCUCAUCUGCUUCGUCGCCUACUUCGGGGUGUCGGCCGCCCUCACGCUCAUGAUGCCAUACUUCUGUCUGGACAAGGACAGCCCCCUGCCUGAUGCCUUCAAGCACGUGGGAUGGGAGGGCGCCAAGUACGCGGUGGCAGUCGGCUCCCUCUGUGCCCUUUCCACCAGUCUUUUAGGUUCCAUGUUUCCCAUGCCUCGAGUUAUCUAUGCCAUGGCUGAAGAUGGGCUGCUAUUUAAAUUUUUGGCCAGAAUCAACAAUAGAACCAAAACACCAAUAAUCGCCACGUUAACCUCAGGUGCCAUUGCUGCUGUGAUGGCCUUCCUCUUCGACCUGAAGGACCUGGUGGACCUCAUGUCCAUCGGCACCCUCCUGGCUUACUCUCUGGUGGCUGCGUGCGUGUUGGUCUUGCGGUAUCAGCCAGAGCAGCCUAACAUGGUAUACCAGAUGGCCAGAACCACCGAAGAGCUGGACCAGGCCGACCAGAAUGAGCUGGUCAGCACCAGCGACUCCCAGACCGGCUUUUUACCAGAAGCAGAAAAGUUUUCUUGGAAAAGUGUGCUUUCGCCCAAAAAUACAGACCCUUCCAAAUUCUCAGGUCUCAUUGUAAACAUCUCAACCAGCCUCAUAGCGAUUCUGAUCCUCACCUUCUGCAUGGUGGCCGUGCUGGGAAAGGAGGCUCUGACGAAAGGGGAGCUGUGGGCAGUCUUUGCGCUCAUGGGCUCUGCCUUCCUCUGCUCGGUCGUCACGGCCAUCAUCUGGCGGCAGCCCGAGAGCAAGACCAAGCUGUCAUUUAAGGUGCCCUUCUUGCCGGUUCUUCCCGUCCUGAGCAUCUUUGUGAACGUCUAUCUCAUGAUGCAGCUGGACCAGGGCACAUGGGUGCGGUUUGCCGUGUGGAUGCUCAUCGGCUUCUUCAUCUACUUUGGCUACGGGGUCUGGCACAGCGAGGAGGCGUCCCUGGCUGCUGACCAAGCAAGGACUCCUGAUGGUAACUUGGACCAUUGCAAGUGACGCCCAGCCCCGCCCCCGGAGGUGGCAGCAGCCCUGGGGGAUGCCCUCAGAGGCCCCGGAAGCACCUGGCUCCCCUCACCUGCGUUCCAGGACCCACCCACACUCACCAAGCCCCCUGCAGCAGACCGUGCAGCUACUGGGCCUGCAGCUGCAGCCCCCAGUUCGUGCGUCCUGCUCAGGCCGGCCCUCCCAGGCCCCGGUCACCCGGCAGCUCCCUGGCGGGGGCCGCGUGGCUGUGGCUGACCACCAUGUCUCCAAACCCUGCUCUGAACAAAGGGAGCAGCCCCUCUCCUCGCCAGCUUGGCAACCCUGCUGCUGCGGCCUCCGGCACAGUGGAGGUCACCAUCUCUCAUCACCUUAGGAGUCCAGGCCUCCCCUUCCAGGGACUCUUCUGGAAUCGACAAUGUGCAUACUCCAGACUUGUAGUCCCCACCUCCCUGCUCGGCCCCACACAGCCAGCCCUCGUGCAGGAGGAGCACCACGAAUCAGUAUGUCCCCAGCCACGCCACCCCCGGACCAAAGGACAGCGGGUUGGUUUAGUUUACUCGGAAAGGAAAACCUAGACUGUCUGUUUCUCCCGUUCCUGCCCUCUGAGUUGCCUCCAGGGGGGUCGUAGGACGGUGACCGCCCCCUCACCUUCCAGGCAGGGCCUUUGCUCUGUCACCGUGACAGACUGGGCACCCUGCACACUCUGGCGGCAGGGCAGACCACGCAUGGCACAGGCGGUGGCCGGGAAGGGCUGGCUCUGCCUGGCAGGUGUGCGUGGGGACCUCUUUCUGCCACGGUCCCUCCAGGCCCCUGGCCGGUUCUCACUGCUGGCUGGGUCCUAAGCAACUGGAAGUCCACAAGUUUAUGUUGGACCCACCUCAGAUCACGGAGCUUAGAGCCCCACUCUCUCUGGUCUUUGCUCUGCACCAAGUCCUGCCUUUGCUGCGUGUGGGUCAGUUUCUUGGAUCCUGUAAGGUUCUUGAGGUGGCAUCUGCUCUUUCUGAGUGAUAGCCUGGGUCCUCCCAGCUGCUUCUGGCCGCCGACAGCAUCUCUGACCACCUCUUAUGGCCACCUCUUAUCAGAUGGAGUCCUCUUGUUAGUUGCUGUGAAUCACUCCACCAAAUUCAGUUGGUGCUGAGCAUUGACUUGGAAAGAGGCUGAGUAAUUUACCCCUUGUUCUUCAGGGUGUGGGGUCUGCACGAGGCAGUGUGGGCUCAUACUUCUGGGCCUCGUGUGUGUGUCAUCCAGAUGCUGCGGGUUUGUAUACAGGUUGGUAACCUGCCCCGGACCCCCCUGCCUCCAGGUCUCAGCCCGUGGGGCACCGGUGUCCCUGGGCACACGCACUCCCUCCCGCGCCCCCAGGACAUUCCUUGUGGACAGGCUGAGCCUUCCGUCCUGCGAGAGUGUAAUUCAGGGGAUGGAAGGGCCCGUGCUGGCCAGAGGUGAGGGGCAAGCAUUUGGACACCAUGGAAAAUGUAAAUGCUGCUUUGAAGCGUAGAUUUCCCUCUUUCCCCUGCUGGCCUUUGUCCCAAAUCUGGUAGAAAAAAGCCUGAUAAACUGAUGAUACUUGGCUUCUCUCCCUCUGCCCCUGAAGGUUCUUGGAGAAAAAUGCAAAAACGAGUGAAGGGGCUCCACGGUUGGGGCGGCGGGGGUGGGCAGGCCAGGCUGGCCCUCCGUCCCAGACUCUGGCCACCCUGGUCAGUCGUGGAUGCUUCAUUCUUAAUAUCAUUUGUGAAUCUUCCAGAGGGAGGAUUGUUAAGAGCCCAAAGCUCGGACUUCCAAAGAAAGGUAUUUAAAUUUAUAUAGAUUGGUGCUGUACAGUAUUUUGAUAAAUGUUAACUUAUUUUGUUGGGGUUUCGUUGUCUGCUGUCUGCCGGGGGCCUGUUCGCUGUGUGUCUGACUAGCCUGCCGUCUGUCUGCAGAGGCAGAGAGCGUGAGGGAAGGAGGGCGUCCACGACGGGGGACAGGUGCUCUUGUGACUUUCUCUUUCUGGCUGAAACGUCUUUGAACGGCAGCCCCCAGCCGACUCUGUACAGUGGGCAUUGCAGCAACACGUGCCGCUCUGCAGCCGAGAAGGUGUGUCUCAGCAUCUCCAGGGAUGAGCACGUCCCGACAGACGGGUCUCCUCCGUCACCCAGAGCCGCCAGGUGCCCCACAGAAGGGCCCAGGGGGCGUCAGGAGAAGCCCUGCAACCUCCCCGCCAGGCAGGAGCCCCCCUUGGAAGGGGCCCCAGGGCGAUGUGAUCGGUGCAGGGGCCGGUGUUCCACCUGAGAGCG